CACUCAUUCCUUAACCCAUCUCUUUCUCUUCUCCUCUUUCUCUCUCUCAAACUCUGUGAUUCCCAAAUUCAGAAUUUCAAACAAGAGAAAAUGAGCGAUCUGAGGUCAAAGUUCCUUGAAGUUUACGAAGUUCUUAAAUCUGAGCUUCUCAAUGAUCCCGCUUUUGAAUGGACUGACACUUCUCGCCAAUGGGUUGACAGGAUGCUGGAUUACAAUGUUCCAGGAGGGAAGCUAAAUCGCGGGCUCUCUGUUAUUGACAGCUACAAGCUGUUAAAGGAGGAAAAAGAGCUGACUGAUGAUGAAGUCUUUCUUGCUUCUGCAUUGGGGUGGUGCAUUGAAUGGCUUCAAGCAUAUUUUCUCGUUCUUGAUGACAUCAUGGAUAACUCUCAUACAAGGCGUGGUCAGCCUUGCUGGUUCAGAGUUCCUAAGGUUGGGAUGAUUGCUGUUAAUGAUGGUAUAAUACUUCGAAACCAAAUCCCAAGAAUUCUCAGGAAGCAUUUUAGGGACAAGAAGUACUACGUUGACUUGUUGGAUUUGUUUAAUGAGGUUGAGUUUCAGACUGCCAGUGGACAAAUGAUUGAUCUGAUCACUACCAUUGAAGGAGAGAAAGAUCUUUCAAAAUAUUCGUUGGACCUUCACCGUCGCAUCGUUCAGUACAAAACUGCGUAUUACUCAUUUUAUAUUUCUGUAGCUUGUGCUUUACUUAUGUCUGGUGAAAAGCUCGAAGAUCAUCUAGAUGUCAAAGACAUUUUGGUUGAUAUGGGAAUAUAUUUCCAAGUACAGGAUGAUUAUCUCGAUUGUUUUGGAGAUCCAGAAUUCAUUGGCAAGAUUGGAACUGAUAUUCAGGAUUUUAAGUGCUCUUGGUUAGUUGUAAAAGCCUUAGAACUUUGUAACGAUGAACAGAAGAAAUCCUUACACGAAAAUUACGGCAAAGAAGACCCAACGUGUGUUGCUAGAGUAAAAGAACUCUAUAAUGUACUCGACCUUCAGGGCGCAUUUGCCGAUUUUGAGAGCAAGAGUUAUGAAAAAUUGAUCAAGUCUAUUGAAGCACAUUCUAGUAUGGCAGUACAAGCUGUACUGAAGUCAUUCUUAGCAAAAAUAUACAAGAGGCUGAAGUGAAGUCUUGGUACUUUCAUCAUCCUCUUUGAUUGAUUUUCUAUUUAUCAUGAUUUAUUUGUAGUUGGUUUGUUGUGUUAUUUAUGUAGGUGGCUUUUGUAACUUAAUUUUCUGCAAAGACAACUUAUUAUAUUAAUGAAUGAAUGAUCCAUUGUAUUCAUAAAGAAGAA